AUGUCAGGUCCUUCAUCUCCUGCUCCACCAACUCCUACUCUGCUGGCCCGCUCUCUGUCCAGUGCGUCACUUGUUGAUUCAGUGGCAUCUCCUUCAGUCACUGCCAUUGCUGCUGCAGAAGCUGCAGCAGCUGCUGCCAGUGCUGCUAGUCCUACCAAUCCACUGUACAAGACGGAGCUGUGCCGGUCUUGGGAAGAGACAGGUGCCUGUCGUUAUGGAGGGAAGUGCCAGUUUGCACAUGGAAGGGACGAGCUUCGAGCUGUUGCACGCCAUCCCAAGUACAAGACUGAGGUUUGUAGAACUUUCAAUUUGAAUGGAACUUGUCCUUAUGGCACGCGUUGCCCUUUCUCUUCCGACUGCCAGGAGCGGCGGUGUAUCUUUGGGAAGUGCAUUUUCAACCCCGCUUGGCAGCCCUCGCCGGUUGCCGGUGUUUGA